AAAGUGUGUCUGAUGAAGUUUGUCUUCCUCUUGCAGGAGGGCUGAUGUAAAGCUAACUGUUGAAACUUGUAUGUCAUCAAGUCCUAUCCAUAAGAAGGAACUUACUGUGCGUAUUACAGAUGAUGCAGAUCCAUUAUUCUUGUAUUCUGUUGCUAUAGGAGAAGAAGAUUUUCAGAGUUUAAAGAGCCAACAAGGACUGCUUGUAGAUUUUUCAGCUUUUCCCCAGAAAUUCAUUGAUUUGUUAGAACAGUGCAUUUUGGAACAAGGAAAACAAGUGCCUCGGUUUUUAAUUCAACUUGUAACAUCUUCCCCAGCAUUGGAUUGCAUGCCUGCAUAUUUAAAUGUAGUAGAAACAAAUCCAUUCAAACAUCUCACUCACUUGUCUCUAAAGCUUUUGGCAGGAAGUGACAGUGACAUCAAGAAAUAUCUUGCCAUCUGCAUUAAAAAUUUAAAGAUGGAAAACAUUAUGUUGGAAGAUAAGCUACACAGAUCAGACGAGGGACUUUCGAAAAGACUAACAGUAACACAGCAGGCUUUGGCAGAAAAAAGUAAGGAACUGGAUAAACUGCAAAAUGAAUGGACAUCGCAGACCACUUCAUUGACUAACAAGUACUCCCAAGAAAUCACAGCAGAAAAGGAGAAAGUGCUACGGGUUCAAGCACAGUACCAGCUUCAGCAUGAACAGCAAAAGAAAGAGAUGGAAGCAACUUUCAACAGAAAAGAGCGUCACUUAGAAACCAGAGUAUCUGAAUUUGAAACUGUUAAUAAAGAUCUCACAGAGAAAAAAUACAAGUCUGAAUCUUCUGUAAGGGAGCUGAAAUCCAAAUUUGCAGGACUUGAAGAGGAGUAUCAGAGGGAAAAACAAGAAGUUCUGUCCCUUCAAAGAGAAAAUUCAACUCUUGACACAGAGUGCCAUGAAAAGGAGAAACUACUAAACCAGUUAAGAACACGCAUUGCAGUCCUAGAACAAGAAGUGAAGGAUAAAGAGCAAGUAGUAAUAAGAAGCACAGAUGUCUGUGAAAGUGCACAAGAACACAAGAAAAAGUUGGAAGAAUCUCUGGAAAUGAAACAGCUUCAAAUUGGAAAAUUUGAAACCACCGUGAAGUCUAUUUCUGAGGAACUUCUGAAAGGUAAUGAAAUUAUCAAAAAGCUCCAGGGAGAGAUGAAGAAACUAAUGGAGAAGAUGAAGUUAAAAAAUGCAGUGACAUUGCAACAAGAAAAAAUAUUAGGAGAAAAAGAGCAAACCGUUCUAAAGGAGAGAUUGGAGCUUAAUAAUGUGAAACAAGCCCUUCAACAAAAAGAGGAAGAGGUCUUGAAGUUGCAAGAGCAGCUGGACAUCACUGAUCAGAAAUUGGAAGAAAGCAAACAGCUGCUGAAAACUAAUGAGAAUGUAAUUUCCUGGCUAAAUAAACAACUGAAUGAGAAUAAAAUUGCAUCAAUGCAUGGGGCAUCAGGUCACAGUGAUAUGCCAUGUGCUGGAAGUGCCACCAAUUCAGCAGCCUUGCAGUAUGGCCUGGUACGCAUCAACUUAUCAGCAAAUUCAACCAGCACUCCAUUACAUGAGACAAGACCUUGUCCACCAGCCUCCACUCCUUUAGUGCCCCCAAACUCAGGCCAUGUUGAGCCACCUGGUUUAGAUAUGAAAUAUUUGAAGAAAGAUGUCAACUUGCCUUUGAGAGGACUAAAACCUUUGUCUGUAGCAAGUACAGUGUUAUCAAGAACUAUGUUACCCAAGCAAGGAAAUCCACCUGUAAUAUCUGCUUACUUCCCAGGGCAACAUACUAGACUUCCUGCAUCAUAAGCUCCAAUUUUAUUAAGAGGUUGCACAUGUUAAUGGAAGCAGCAUCAAAUAUAUGCAUCUGAUAUAGCAUGUCUAAUGUAAAAGAAAAAAGAGGUGCUUGAGCAACACGGUCAUAAAUUUGCCUUUAUAGUCCAUCUGGACUUGGUUACUCUUUUCUGUAAAGUCUGUGCUCAUCAAAACUGCCAAAAUAUGGUCUGGAGGUAAAGCCAGCUAUUAAAAAACCUAAUGCUUUCAUUUCUAGAUCUAAGUCUUUAAAAUGAAUUGAUGUUUUUGAUUUAUUUUGUUUAGUAUAAAGCAGUAGCUGAUUGACUCUUCAAAGAUACAAAGCUGUGCAGGCUGAAUGAAAGCAUUUAUUUCAUGUGCUUUUGGUGCUUAGAUCUGUGUGUAUGCACACACCUUAUUACUACAGGAUGUACCAGUUUUCCCCCCUUCUGCUUAGAAGUGGUUUUUGUAAUCCUCAAAUUGUGAAUUUCUAAGAACAACUUUUUUUAAAAAUGGCAAAUUACAGCAGGAAUACUCCAAUGCGUGUGCAAUAUUUAUUCUGUGACAUACUAAGGAUGACCUCUGUUGAUAACUAUUCACUCUGUGUGGGGGAAAAAAAUGAUUUCUGCAAGCCAGGGUUUUUGUUGUUUUGUGGUGGUUUUUAACUGCAUUCUGUUUGGGAUUUUUUGCACAAAAACUCUUCAAAACUUUGAAACACCCAUUUUAUAUUAGCUAUGCAAAGACUACAAAGUUAAAGUGCCUAUUUUAUUAUGUAUUUUAUAACUGGGGUCAGACAGUUAUCUAAUGUUUCUAUUUUUAAUAGAUAUUUGCGUCUAAUAUUUACUCUCAAAACUUGGACAGUUCUAGUAACAGACAACAGAUUCAAUGAAUUCUGGAUGCUGAAAAUUUUUGUACUGUACCAUUCUAAAAAUUGUAAGUUUUUUGAUAGAUUAGGAUGGAUACACACUCUCAGUAGAUGCAAUUCCAUUUACUUACAUCACUUCUUCAUUUGGCCAUUUGUUCUCCAGACCAUUUUAAAUCAAUGAAUCCACCUUUUUCAAAAUGUUUUAAAAACUGAGGUCUAUUGGCAAAAUGUUAUAAGAUGUAUAUUUUACAUGAAAUUCAAUACAACCAACCCAUUUUGUGAGAGAGUCAAGAUGUCAGUGGAAGAAUCUGCCUUUCACCUGUUAAGGGUUUGCCCAUAUAUGUUCCUACAUAUCUACGGGUCAUUUUCUCUCCUUCCUCCACACACUUAAUUUUUUUUCUUUUGUAAAAUAUAGGGUCCUUGUCCUGAUUUCUAAGAAAUGAUACAGAUAUCACUUCAGUGUCUCCACCCAUUUUCAGACAGUUCUAGCUUGAUCUGUUGUGAGUAAAUAUUUGCAGUCUCAACAGAAAGCAUAGUUUGCAGUUGAUACUCAAAUAGCUUUAAUCUUUCAUCAUUUUUUCCUUUUGAUUCAAUAGUCUACUUUUUGGGAGACAUUAAAUUGGUCAUUGGAUUAUUAAAGUGAGACAGAUCUGCUCUAAACUGAUGCACGACUGUAAUCUUCAAAAUAAUGUUAAAAUGUAAUACCUGGGACUCUGCAGUUUAAUUUUCAUGUCAGUAUUAUAAAUGUUAACCUUUUUCUCAACUUACUUUUCUUGUAGACCAUAUAUGAGUUUGUGGGGAGUAGCAGCGGGUUAACCCUAAUUACUAUUCGUGCUAUACCAUACUUUCCUUUCUGGAACUUUCAAAUGCAUCUCAUGUUUGGAUCCAGACAAAAUUGGGUAUUCAUAAUUACAAUGUUUUUUGCUUGACCUCUUCCUCUGUGGGUUAUUUUAUGAGAGAGGAUUUUGCAUGUCUCAAAGAACUGUCCAAGGGUUUGGAAUGUGUCUCACCUGUCACUGGAUGCCUAACCUGUGUUUCAAUGUGUUGUCUGUCUCGCAGCAUGUCAAA